GACGCAGCCACCACCACAGCCACCACAGUCUACCACAGCCAUCAUGAAGUGUUGCGUGCUGGUCUUCCUGGGUCUGGUCGCCAUGGUCGCCGCCCGCCCAGACUUCGACUUCUCCGCUGAGGACAGCCACCAGGUGCAGGACAUCGACGACGACAACACCAUCACCGGCUCCUACAGUUGGACUUCUCCCGAAGGUGUGAAGUACUUCGUCAAGUACAUCGCUGAUGAAGAUGGCUUCCGUGUUCUGGAGUCUAACGCCGUGCCGGCCACGGCGAGCGGCGUCAAGGCCGACGGCAGGCAGGGAUCCUUCGUGUCCUCUGAGGAACACGACGACAGGAAAUAAACACCAUUGUCUGCUGGACAUAACACUCGCAUCAUCACUGUGACUGACUUACGAUUUGUAUGUUGUUAUGUUAUUGACUCGCUCCACUUGCUGAGGGCCUCCAGUGUAGCUGAGAGUGUGGAGGAAGGGUAUCACCUUCCUCCAAACUUUUCCUAACUACAUUCUACAAUCAAACUCCUAUCUUAUUUCUUCAACGAUCGUUUAAAUUAUUAUAAUUUAUGUAUUAAUCUACUGUAAAUUUGUUUAAUUAUUCAUGUAUACUUCUGGAAAGCUAAAAAAUAAAAUAAUUUAGUUCCUGUA